CUCAACAUUAAACAAGAUAUUUUUGCCACGACAUCAAAAUUCCGCUUACCAAACUUUUUAACAAUUAACAUUUUAACCAAGAACAUAGCUUUGUGAGUUCCUUAAGAUUACUCAAGCACAAGUGCUCGACACGAAUCAAGAUAUGCAGAACCUACCCUAUUUCGACCCAAGAAGGCCUCCACCUUCACAACCUUUCCUCACAAACUUUCACUAUAAUUCGGAUCUAGAAUUUGUCGAACGUUUCCUCAAACACAGAACACCAACGCACCUAAUACAGACUCCGCCAAAACUUUCGAUAACUGACUUGAAGCAAACCCUGUCAAGUCUCGUAAAAGAAAUCGACCAUCUCAAGGAAAAUAAAACCAUCCUCGAACAAGCAAUUCCAUUCCUUCCUGAUUCCGAGUGGAAAAAGGCGGUCGAAGAACAAACUCAAGUUGUCGCUUCCAUCAACGAUAAAAUUACCCGUUUGAAAGAUCCAAAUCUAUCAGGCGAUCUCCAGCGAAAAAUUAAAGCUCGUCUCAGAAAACGUCGUUGGCAGAAAAAACGUAAUGCACAACUUAAAAAAGAAAAGUUAAGUCAAUUGGAAAAUCGUAAAAAGUUGCAUAAAAAAAUCGACAGCUGGCAGUGUGAACAGCAAAAACUCCUUGCUGAGCAACGCAAAUCACAACAGGAACUAGAACAAGCCAGCCACGUGUUGGCCGAUGUUCACAAACGGAAAGCUGCCUGCAAACGAAAUUUAGCCAAAUUCGAAAAACUUAAAAUAGCUCGUCAACUGCGACAGGAGUACAAUCGUCAGGAACCCAAUCAGGACCCCAUCUUUUCCGAACUCAUCAAACUAACAGAAACUUGGGCCGCCAAGCUGGCCGAUUGCAUCAAGGAAGAAAAACAGCUUAAGGACACGUUGGCGCGACAAUCGGCAGCCAACGCCCAGCGACGCACCGAAAAUGAAUGGAACCGGGUACUGUUCGGAGACACCAUUCCCAGGAAAUUUGACCAUCCUUUGCUGAAAGCCGACCGAAGCCGGGAGGCACUGAUCGAGACAAGACGGGCCUGGGAUGCUUGCCUGGUGCAUGACGAUGUCGACGGCAAGGUAAGUAGUAGCAUUCCUUUGGGAUGGGUUUUGCCCCCAUCCGAUCCAUCGGUCGAUUGGGCCAAAUAUUUGUGGACGAAAAUGUGUUGAGUUAUUUCACGCAGAUUGCAGAUUAACUUAUAUUAUAAGACGCUUGUAUGUAUAUUA